CGUCACGGUUUGCCCAUCGCCAUCUUCCCACCCUCCUUUCGCAAUCUGAGCACUUCGAGCGCGGAGCACGACACAACGCACCAUGGCUUCGGAUCAAGUUGUAGGCUUCCUCAAGGACUUCCUUGCCGGUGGUAUCUCUGCGGCUAUCGCUAAGACGGCCGUGGCCCCCAUUGAGCGAGUGAAGUUGCUUCUGCAGGUGCAAGAUGCAUCCAAGCAGAUGGAAGCUGCCGGGGCCAAGAAGUACAAGGGUAUUAUCGACUGUGUGACCAGGAUACCCAAGGAGCAGGGCUUCUUGUCCUUCUGGCGUGGUAACUUGGCUAAUGUCAUCAGAUAUUUCCCCACACAAGCCCUGAACUUCGCUUUCAAGGACAAGUACAAGCAGCUGUUCCUGGGUGGCGUAGACAAGAAGCGUUUCUGGCGCUACUUCAUCGGCAACCUGGCCUCCGGUGGUGCUGCUGGUGCCACCUCCCUGUGUUUCGUGUACCCGCUCGACUUCGCCCGUACACGUCUGGCUGCCGACAUCGGUAAGGGCCCCGGCGAGAGGCUGUACAGCGGCCUGGGCAACUGCAUCAUGAAGACCUACCAGUCCGACGGCCUGUACGGUCUGUACAGAGGCUUCAGCGUGUCCGUGCAGGGCAUCAUCAUCUACCGUGCCGCCUACUUCGGCUGCUUCGACACCGCCAAGGGCAUGAUGCCUGACCCCAAGAAGACGCCGUUCGUCGUGUCGUGGAUGAUCGCCCAGGUGGUGACCACGAGCGCCGGCAUCGUCUCGUACCCCUUCGACACGGUCCGUCGGCGUAUGAUGAUGCAGUCCGGCCUGAAGGAGUUGAUUUACAAGAACACCUUGGAUUGCUGGCGUAAGAUCAUCAAGGAUGAGGGUGGUGCAGCUCUGUUCAAGGGUGCUUUCUCCAACGUCCUGCGUGGCAUGGGUGGAGCUUUCGUGCUCGUUCUGUAUGAUGAGAUCAAGAAGAUCAUUUAAGAUGCAGCAUCUGUGCUAUUUAUACACAGCACUGUAAGGUCUCUUCACAAUCUGUACUUAGCUAGCAUACAGGAUGUCUUGGCACCCUUACAUUGAUCUUCUGCACCAUAUGUAAGGAUUUUAAUUAAGGUCUUAAUAAAGUGUAUUAAAUCUAAGAAAGGAUGCCAAGACGUUCUUAAUGGAGCUCUUGACAAAUUGUAAGAUAUCUCUGCAGUGAUAGAAAUCAGACAGGUUUCCAGUACAGUAUCUGCCAACUAUACCAAAUGGAGUGAUUUGUUACCUCAUCCCUCAUAUCUUAGUCAAGCUCUGAAAACUGAAGAAAAAAAAAAGAAAUAGGUCAUUAUGUCACGCACAUUGUACAGGCAUAACUGAAGGGAGUAUAAAAUCAACAUGUAGAAAUCAUUGAGUUGUACAAUUAGGAAUCAUUGUUUGGACAAGUCUUAGUAGACAUCUUCCUUGUCAUGACGUGAGGGAUGCUAUUUAAUAAUCAUGGCUCUGUUGUUUGUGUGUCUCUUGACCUUUUUAUCACCACUAGAAUCAAAUUUUAGACAAACGAAUCUCUAUUGGCUGACUUGCAUGACUAAUAAAGGUCUUAAACCUCA